UUUUGUUUAAUUUUAAUUUUCUCUUCAACAAAUAAGAUUCGAUUUUGAUUCGAUUAUUCCAAUCCCUAGUACAGUCUCUUAGAAUCUUAUAAUUGUUAAAACAAAAAUGAUAACUUUAUUUAGUUUGUUUGUUAUCAAUGAACCUAUAUUUGGUUACAAUAAAUAGAAAUUAAAUAAGAUAAGCGGUACGUAAUGUCGUAAUGUGGAUACACAAGGUUUAAAAACAUAUCUUAAAAUAAACUUUAAGAUAAAAUAUUUAUAACUUAUUAUUUGUACGUUAAAAGCUUAACUUCUUUCUCUCAUACUGUCAUUAUUAACAAAAGUUAAAACCAAAGAAAAUGGCAGAUAAUCCUCCACCACCUCCUCCAAACCCUUAUGUUGCUAAAAGACCAACAGAUAAAUGGAGGCAUAGGGGAGUAACAUAUUGUAGAGUUUUUGGACAAUGGGAAUGUGAAAUGUGUGGAAAAAAAUGGGAUAGUGGGUAUACCUGGGUGGCUAUUAAAAAGUACGAACAAAAUCUCGAUGUUAGCCACUUCAAGAAUAAAAAGGAUCGAAUGUAUCAAAGAUGCUCACCUUGCAAUAAAAAAAAUCCAAAUAAGCACGAGGCAAAACUUGUAUCUUUUAAACUGCUAGAAAACAAUGUUAAGUUAGUAAAAGGUCCUGGACAUAUAAGAAAUCUAUGUGGAAAAUGUAAUAAAGGAGCAAUAUGUGAUAGGGCUAAGGUUGGUUUAAAAGUUUAAAAUUAUUAUUAAAUCAUAAACAAUAAAACUAAUUAUAUAUGUUUAUGUUCUACACUAUAGAAAAGAUAAAGACAAACGUUCCAAAAUCCGUCCGUGUUUCGUUUCCUAAUAUUCCUAUCGUUAUGAUAUUUUUAUUCAUUUGCUGUGAUUAGUACUAUUAUUUUCGUUA